GGAUGCUUGCUGACGGUGAUGCGCACCAAAAGGCUUCUGCUUCAUUUAGAGGACUUACAUGAGAAUUGAUGGGUAUUUUUGCGUAACGGCAAAGCGAUGGAUUCUCCCGCUUUUUAUCACCUAUUUGGCACACUGUUGUGUUGCGGAAGACGGACAUAACAUCUAAAGGAGUUGUUCCCCCCCAAAAUAAAGGCUUGUUUUCAAUACCUGAGGCUUCUCGACGCUUGGAAAUUGUGGUGCGAAAAAUCGCUUGGAAAUGUCCGACUUCCACAACCGGAGCCAAACCAGCGCACGUCGCAGUGACUACGUGUGGCAGUAUGAGUAUUAUGACGACGAGGAGCCCGUGUCUUUUGAGGGACUCAAAGCGCACAGAUACUCCAUCGUCAUCGGCUUCUGGGUCGGACUUGCUGUGUUUGUCAUUUUCAUGUUCUUUGUUCUCACGCUGCUAACAAAGACAGGAGCGCCACAUCAAGAAAAUCCAGACUCUGCUGAAAAGCGCCAUCGACCAGGCAGCUGUCUGGUAGACAUCGAUGGCCCGCAGGAGGAAAAUGACAAAGCCUUCUCUCGUCCUUUGCUAGCUGAGUCCCGCUCAUAUUUUCAUUUCUACAUCAACGAGGAGGAUCAGGGUCAGGGGAAGCAAAAACAAGGGGAUGAGAGAGUUAGAAAGCACAGUGGGGCCCGAGCCCAGCAGGGGCCCCGAGGCAUCAGCUCCUCUGGGAUGGACGAGAUGGAAGAGGAUGUUGAGGAAGCUCGGGGACACCAACCUCUCAACGGACUAAUAGAGGAGAGUAAGACCGACAGAGAAUGUGCCUUCUUUUCCCACUUCAACCUCCCUAACUUUGUGAACUUAGAGCACAGUUCAACACUCGGAGAGGAUGAUCUGCUGUACGAGCCGUCCGCUAUCCUGGAGCGCCAGUCUCACUCUCAGGAUGCUCACUGUGACAUCCGCUAAGGCCUUUUCUUCAAAGGUGCGGACAUAGUUUUAGUGUAAUAGUUGCUACCCUUUCACAUGACCAUUUGUGAUCUGAGCAGGAAACACACACAU